AUGGGGAAUACAACAUCUAGUCCAAAGAUAACGGCUCAGGAUAAAGCUAUAUUACAAGUCAAAUUACAAAAAGAUAAAUUAUUAAAAUAUCAAAAAAAAUCAACAUUAUUGAUUAAGAAUGAAACUAAUCAAAUUAAAGCAUGUUUAUCUAAAGGUGAUAAAACUUCAGCAAAGAUAAUAUUGAAAAGAACCAAAUAUCAGGAAAAUUUAUUAGAAAAUGUAUCAAAUCAAAUAUUAAAUUUAGAAAAUAUGAUUCAAAAUAUUGAAUUUAAAUUAAUUGAACAAGAUUUUUUAAAAGGUUUACAGAAUGGUAAUGAAAUUUUAAAAAAACUGAAUAAUGAAAUGAAAUUAGACCAAGUUGAGACAUUGAUGGAUGAUGUUAAUGAAAAUAUUCAGAUUCAAGAAGAGAUUGAUCAAGUUUUAUCAAAUUCUAUAGUUGGUAAAGAUUAUGAAGAUGAGAUUGAUGAAGAGUUGGCAAUGUUGGAGAAGGAGGAAUUUAUGAAACAAGGUAAGCAAAGUGAACAAAGUGGACAACAGAGUAAAGAUAAUAAUGAAUUGAUUGAGAAAUUACCUAGUGUUGAUAAAUUACAAGAUAUUAAACAAGAUGAAGAGGAAGAGAAAGAUGAAGAACCUGUUAAAGUUAAACAGAAAAAAACUGCACUUUUAGCAUGA